CGGAUCUAAAUAUAAUUGCAAAAACAUGACAUCUCCAAGCGUUGAAGAUCUUGAAAAGAGGAUCCGAGAUCUUGAGCUUGAGAAUUCUCGACUUCGUGGUGAAUGCUCUUCCAAUCCAGUAGAAAAUCAAGAUAUUAAAGAAGACGAUGAGCUGCACCUUUCACUUGCAGAGUACAAACGAUACGGACGUCAAAUGAUUGUACCUGAGUUUGGAGCUCUCGAAGGACAGAAGCUACUCAAGAAAUCAUCAGUUUUAGUCAUUGGAGCUGGUGGGUUAGGCUGUCCUGCAUUGUUAUAUAUUUCCGCCGCAGGUGUAGGAACUAUAGGUAUAUUGGAUGAUGAUGUGGUUGAUGUCAGUAAUUUGCAUAGACAAGUGUUACAUACUACAGAGUCAGUAGGGUUACCAAAAGUUGAAUCUGCCAGAAGAUACAUCACCAAGCUUAACCCAUUUGUAAAAGUGGAGACAUAUAUUACACGAAUUUCAAAUGAAAAUGCAUUUGACAUCAUUCUGAAGUAUGACCUCAUCCUUGAUUGUACUGAUAACCCAGCCACCCGGUAUUUGAUCAAUGACGUUUCAGUCUUGUGUGGUAAAACUAUUGUUAGUGGCUCCGGAUUGAAGUCUGAUGGACAGUUAUCGAUUUUAAACUAUCAGAACCAGGGCCCAUGUUAUCGCUGCUUUUAUCCAAAACCACCAUCCCCAAACUCUGUCACUUCUUGUAAGGAUGGGGGUGUUUUAGGCCCUGCUAUCGGUUUAGUUGGUGUGACUAUGGCUUUGGAAGCUAUCAAGGUACUCACAGGCUUCUAUGGUGAUAAUUUCAAGCCAUUUCUUUCAAUGUACACUGGAUAUCCACAGCAAGUACUUCGAGUAUUUAAAAUGAGGAACAAGCAAAAGACUUGCGCUGUAUGUGGUGAAAAUCCAUCUAUAACUCAAGACUUAAUAACUAGAAAUGCCAUAGACUAUGUUGAGUUUUGCGGUAAGGUCAAUGCUAAUGUGUUAACUCCAGAACAGCGGAUUACUGUGCAUGAGUAUAAACAAUCUUUAGAUGGUGCUAAUAACUCAAGUAUACUAUUGGACGUACGUCCAAAGGAACAGUUUUCAAUUAUUUCGCUUCCAGCAGCUAUAAAUAUUCCUUGGGAUCCUACAUUGGCUAAGUUAGAUGACAUUGAUUCGUAUUUACCUACCGGUUUUGAUAAAGAAACUGACACUAUUCAUAUUAUAUGUCGAUAUGGGAAUGAUUCACAACUCGCAACGGCAAAACUUAUAGAGCUUGGAUUCAAAAAUGUUAAAGAUAUCAAGGGUGGGAUCAACAAAUGGAGCGAGGAAAUAGAUAAUACAGUACCAAUAUAUUGAACUUGGUGAAUUCAAAAUUUAGAAAAAAAUACAUAGUAUACAAAUUUAUGCAGAUAUA